AUGAGUGUAAAAAAAUCCACUAAUUUUGAUUUUAAAGCUUAUGAAUUCUGUUCGGACUUUAGCAUCUUCAUUAUAAACGAAUCAUCACAAGAAAACGAAACCCUUUCACCUAAAGAAUACAAGGUUCAUCGAUACAUUCUAUCUCAACAAUCGCGAUAUUUCAAGGUACUCUUUGAAUCCUCCCGAGAUUUCACUGAACACAAAACCAACUCGGUCACCAUACGACUCAAGGACCCUCAUGACGUAUUUCAAUCGAUCUUGAAUUACAUGUAUACCGGUUACAUUUCCAUAAAUCAUAAAACUUUGAUUUCAAUAUUAACUAUCGCGGAUAGGUUUGACAUUGAAAAACUCACGAAACACGCGGUCGAAUAUUUUACCGACUUUUUAGAGUCAUGUCUGACCUAUUUUGUUCAUAUAAACAAAACGGCUACUCCGUUAGACUCUCUUGACUUGUUAAUUAGUCCAGAAGAAAUUCUUUCUAUAUACAUUGAAUCACAGGAAUCAGAAUUCGAGGAUAUUAUCCCUGAUUGGUUCCUCGCAAUUUCAUUUGACAAACUCUGGGAUCUCGAUCCGGAUGCGUUUAAUACAUCUAGGUUGGAGAGAAUUUUAAAGUCUGAUUAUGUACAGUUUAAAAACGAGAACCAAAAACUUUCGGUUAUCAAAAGGAUUAUUGAGGAUCGUUAUGACGGUGAGGGAUAUAAUACGGGGGUUGGUAGUAGAUGGUCCAAGAUGGUUUUAGCUCUCGUCAUGCCUUUUGCAUCUGAAAAUUCGGAUGAAGAGGAAGAUGAUUCGAAUCCAGAAGAAUUUGGAGAAUCAGAGAAACAAAUCUCAGAUGCUGCCACGAUUAUCAAUAAAAAAAAGAAUGAAAUAGUGUACACUUUUGAGGAACUUGAAAAGGUUUCCGAAAAAGUUCAAUUCAAUGAAAAAAUAUAUCAACUGUUUCAACUUGUAGAUUUUUCUUCACUUGAACCAAACACUUGGGCGGACAUUUUGGCUGAUAAAAUGAUACCGGAAAGACUCGUUGUUCAGGGUCUGUUUCGGGUCUUGAAAGAAGAUAAUAAUAAAAAACCUAAUAUUAUCCAGGAAAAUUCGAAAUGGUUAGAAGUCUUAGAGAGCUACAAACAUGAUAUGAAUGAAUUUGAGUAUGUUUUACUCGAAGGAAAAGGUGAUGUGUCUUCGCCAUCAACGACAAUCGAGCACUUUGAUCAGCUCAAAUUCGAGAUAGAAUCUUCUUUUAGUGACAUCGAGAUCCAUAUAAAUGAUAAGUCUUAUGAUUUUCACAAGAUCAUCUUGUCAAAAGAAUCAGAAUACUUUCGCCACUUAUUCUCUUCAUCACAAAUAACUCAAUGGACGCUUCCUUGGAACACUCUUCACCCGGAAGUGCCUAUCGGUUUUGUUUCCAUGAUUCACCUCUUUUAUGAUCCCAACUCAGUCGCACUCUCUAUCAAGUCAGACAAUGAUUCUCCGGAAAAAUUACAAAAUUCCACAAAAACGGUAAUCUCCAUAUUACUUUCCUCAAUGCAAAUCCAUAAUGCAGAGGUCACCUCUAGAUGUCUUGAUUCUAUACAGUACCAAAACUUUUCAAAAUUCCUGUUGUUAGGUUGUGGAAAGUUAGAUCCAGAUCUGUCGAAAUUAGAAGAGCAUCAAAAACAAAUUAGAGAAAUCGUGGUUGACAUUGUACCUAGUUCGUUCAUGGAAUUUCAUGACGUUGUGAUCAGAGGGAAUGAAAUCCCAAAAGAUUUUAUCAUAGAAAUACUGGAUAAAUGCUUGGAAAAACGUGAUGCCGAGGAAUGUGAUUCCAAUAAAAUUUUAAUUUCAUUAUUCAAAGGUAUCUUUGAUAGAUGGUUCCCAAACGCCAAUUCAAAAGAUGAAACUGAUGAAGAUAUUCAAGGAUUUGAUACCGGUAUAGAAUACGUCGAAAAAACAAAAGCAAAGGGGAAAGAACUCCGCGAAAUUAGACACUUAAUAACAAGAUACAUUGAUCCCAAGAGAUUGCAAUGCAAUGACAUGGAAGAUCUUGAGAGACAGUGGUGGAUGCCUAAAGAUUUAUUUCACGCUUGGCUCAUUGCAUUAGCAAGUGAAAAGAGGAGAAAAGAAAGCACAGGAAUUUAA